AUGAAAAUAGCAUUCCGUCUAAGCAGCGCUACGCGCGGUCAUACCACGAUAUCAUCGGCAUGGUUCCUUGCUCUCACUUCUUUCGCGUCGCUAUCGGGAGCGAUCACCUUUAAUCAGAUACCUGAUGCGAAUCUUGAUACAAGUCAACUUGGAAGGGUUGGGAUCGCUGGUGACUUUAGCGGCAUUUCUCUCUACCAAUACGAUAGGCAGACCGAGUUGCCUUUCAGUUCUAAUGGAUCUGAACAGCUCUUGACACGCCUUCCAAAUGGGGUAUUUGUCAACCUUCUAGAAGCGGACGCAUCUAUCCAAACAAUGUGCAUGUUUCAAGGGCAGCUUAUCUUGGGUGGUAACUUCACAAGUUUAGGAGGAGUACAAUCGCCGGGAAUUGCAUCUUUUGACCUCGAUACCUCCAAGGUGACUCCUCUAGCUAAUCUUUCAGGUCAAGUUAACAGCUUGUUAUGUGAUGAUGAAGCUGGCAAGGUCUAUGUUGGUGGUAGUUUUAGGGCGGUAGACUCAACCAACGCGAUUACGUGGCUUGCGUCGAAAAGCUGGGCUAGCUUGCCGUUUGCAGGUUUUAAUGGGCCCGUCAACUCCAUUACGAAGGCGCCCACAGGUCAUAUAAUCUUCGGAGGAAGUUUUACGGGCCUAGGAAAUACGAGCACGCCGAGCACACCUGAUGGCCAGGUUAUCAAUCUUUCUACCGCGACCAUCGAAGCCGAUCAGAGCACGUCGGCGGCAGGUUUCAGUGACCCAAAGAACAUUGUUUGCAAGACAAAUGGAACGGAUGGCUCUGGUGAUACUUGGCUCUUGCAGGAUAAUACACCAGGGGCAUGGAGGGCUACUUUUAACUACGGCUUUGAACCUACCAAGCUUCGUCUAUGGAAUACUCACCAGGACGGCCGGGGAACUCGGACCUGGAGGUUCACAGCGCUGCCACUGAAUGGCAUCAUGAAUUUCACAUACAUCGACCCGGUAACUAAGCGCAACUCUACAUGUACCAGCGAGUGCCCCCUUAGCGAUGAUCCUUCCGUCAAAUUCCAGGAUUUUCAUUUUGUAAACCGACUUGGGAUGAACGCAUUCAGACUUGACAUUUCUGCUUGGUACGGUAAUGGUGGGGGGCUAGCUGGUAUCGAAUUAUUCCAAGAUGAUAUCUUCGCCUUCGCGAUUAAUGACUUCAACGAACCUAGUUGCGCUAAUACCUCAACUCCUUCGACGGCAACAACCACGGGAACCUGGACUGUGACUCCGUCGGGACUGAGCAAUGCUCAAUAUCUAUCAGCCCAGUUGUCGAAGCCGGUCUCCUCCGAUGCUGCCUCCGUUGUCUUCUACCCGGAUAUCAAAGAAUCGGGAGAGUAUAUCAUCAAGUUGUAUACGCCUGGGUGCCUCCAGGAUAAUACUUGCUUAAGGCGUGGUCAGAUACAGGUAUCGGGCACGUUGACGUCUAGUGGUGCCAAUCGGACUAUGGACCCGAGGGUACUGUAUCAAACAAAUGAGUACGACAAAUAUGAUCAACUUCAUAUCGGUUCUGUUGACGCUAGCUCGAGCUCCUUCAAGCCUAGUAUUACGUUGUCACCUGUUGCCGGUCAAUCGCAGUCUAUUCCCGGCGACGAUUUCGUGAUGGUGGCUCAGAGAGUUGGAUUUGAGCUUCUGAACUCUACCAGUGGCCUGAAUGGGUUAUUCGAAUAUGACCCUAGUCAGGCCACAGUGGAUACCUCCGACUUUUCCAAUUCCGCUUUCAUCAAGCUUAGUUCUUCGUUUGAGCCGAAAUCUGCGGUAACGUCGUUGGUUGCUAGCAAUGACCGAACUUAUAUUGGUGGUAACUUCACCUCGGAUGAUGACCGUAACAUUGUUGCUAUUGACAAUAACGGGAGAACUCUGGCCCUUGACGGUGGUAUUAAUGGUGAAGUCCUAUCGAUGUAUUUGGAUGGCAGUAGUCUAUUCGUUGGCGGCCGGUUCAGCAAUACUCAAAAUGGGUCAACGCCAGGAUUGGCAAACGUAGCAGUUUAUGACAGCUCAAGUAACCACUGGUCGCCCCUGGGGGCCGGCGUGGAUGGAACCGUUACGAGUAUUGUGCCGACAACGUUGAACAUCAGUGGGAAUGCAGCAGAAGACGUCAUCGCCUUGGCUGGUCAAUUUACACACCUGCUUGCGUUCGACAAUAACGAUGCUGCUGAGGUGCAUGGCUUUGCCAUCUGGGUCAAAUCGCAAAACAACUGGCUGCAGAACUUGAAUACACCAGUUCCAUUUUUGGACGGCGUCCUUACUACGGCGGUAGCGGUAUCGGGUAAUGAAACAUUAUAUACUGGAUCAAUAUCCUCUCAGGUCCUUCGUGCAUACGGUGCUACAACCGUAUCUAACGGAUUUGGCAGCUUUCCUAUCAAAAUCCACCCGCCAGCUAGUCAGUCUAGCAUCUCUGCGGAUGGACUCUCAAAGCGUGCGGACCUACAGAGUAGCACCGAUACCAUUUCUGGCGUCGUCACGGGAGCAUUCUAUGAAAACGAUGGGAGAAAUAUCACAGUCCUUGGCGGGCACUUCAUCGCCAACGCGUCUAACGGUUCAACUAUUUACAACCUAGCAUUCAUCGACGGUGCGGAUUCUAACUCUGUGACGGGGAUGGGCGCUGAGAUAUCCGAAAGUUCAACAUUCUUAUCAUUGGCAAUUGAUGGCGACAACCUCUAUGCUGGCGGGCGAGUCAACGGCACUGCUCAGGGAUCUUCUGUCAAUGGUCUCGUUACGUAUAACCUUGCAUCAAAGUCAUUAGGCCCGCAGCCCCCCGCUCUUGCUGGCAACAACGUAGUUGUCACCUCUAUCACUGUCCGUCCGAAUACCAGUGAUAUCUACGUUGCCGGUUCUUUCGAGAGGGCAGGUUCACUUCCCUGUCCUAGUGUCUGUCUUUUUAGCACCGGAACUAGUCAGUGGAAUCGACCUGGGUUUGAACUUGGCGGCGAUGUUAAGUGCACGAUGUGGUCCAGCGGUUCAGUUCUGCUUGCGGGCGGCAAUCUGACCGUUAAUGAUAACGUGGCCUUUUUGGCUUCCUACGACGCCUCGAAUUCUCAAUGGAGCUUAUACACGGGUGCCUCGGGCCUACCGGGCCCUGUAAAUGCUUUAACUGCUGCAAGCAGCGAUGAUACGCAGAUUUGGGUUACCGGCACGCAGUCUGAUGGUUCCACCUAUCUGAUGAAGUAUGAUGGUUCGUCUUGGAAAUCUGCUAGUGUCACGUUCGAUCGGGGUACCGUAAUCAGCAGCUUACAGAUGUUUACUGUAACUCAAUCUCAUGACUCAUCUGAUCUUAUUGCGUCCGACCAAGUCCUCCUAAUGACCGGCUCCAUUGCGAUACCAGGAUUUGGCACAGCAUCCAGUGCCAUCUUUAACGGUACGGAGAUCCGGCCUUAUGCACUUACCUCGAAAGUUGAUGGCACAGCUGGAUCGAUUUCCCGGGUCUUCGUACAGAGGGAGAACUUCUUCACCUCCCACGGUGAUAGUGGUAUGCCAGUCGUGUUCGUGGCUCUCAUCGGCUUAGCCAUUUCCUUAGGCCUCAUAGUGCUUAUUGUGCUUGCUGGUCUUGCAUUGGACCGAUAUCGCAAGAAGCGCGAGGGUUAUGUCCCAGCUCCAACAUCCAUGUUCGAUCGCGGUAGCGGUAUGCAACGAAUACCGCCGCACGAGCUACUUAAUUCCUUAAGUCAAGGUAGACCGGGAGCUCCUACUGUUUGA